AUGGCGGCGCCCUUCGAAGUGUGCCAUGUCGCCAGCUGCGCCAACCGAGCCGGUCCCGGAGUGGUUUCCUGGGGGAGAGGCGGCCUGGUGGCUUUCGGCUCGUGCCGCUCGGUCGUCCUCUACGACCCGCAGGUGAGGCGGCGGGCUUUCCCCUCGCUCUUGCUCGGCUAGGGUGGUGGUUCUCGAACGCGGGAGGCCCGGCUGCAGUUGGACUACAACUCCCAUCAUGCUUAGCUUUUAGGGCCGGCGGUCAGGGAUGGCGGGAGUUGUAGUCCGACAGCAGCUGAGGCAGCCCAAGUUUGAAACCCUGGAGGCGCAAAAAAUUAAAAUUAAAAUAAAGCCUAUAUAAUAAAGCUACUGAGAAAAUCCAUAAAAAGUAGCUGUGCCAAACGGAAUUGUUGUGGAAAUAAAUACUGAGGGUGGGGCGGGGGGCAAAUUUUGCCCUGCCUCAGGGCCCUGAGCCGAAAACGGGUGCUAAAUAAUAAUGAUGAUGAUGAUAAAUUUAUAUUUAUUCAACCCGCCGAGAAGUUCCAUAAAAAGCAACUGUACCAAAAUGAAUUAUUCUGAAAAUAAGAACUAUUUAAGGUGUGGGGACUCCAAAUUUUGUCCUCCCUGAGGGUUCCAUAUUACCAAAAUACUCGCCUCACCUGGAUUCAGAUUCAGGUGUAAGUCAUCAACCCCACCCUGUAAUAGAAAGGUGUAACUAUUUAACAAAUAAUGGGUUUCCACUGGUGAAUAUGGCCUAUGGUUUCUGUGCUUUGCUAGUGUCAGCCAGUUGGGGAGUAUUCUGACUACAGUUAGUGAAUGGUUAAAUUUUUCUAACAAACUUCUGAAAUAUUUUGCCCUUUUAGUGCUGUUACUGAAAGAAUGUUGCAAUAGUCUCUUUGAGAGCAUCUCUGGAUAAAUAACUUUUCCUUAUCAGAAUACUGUUCAAAUCCACCACAAGCGUUCAUGACUUAAGACAGUUUUGGUUGUGUAUUUUUUUUUCAGAGAAGAAAAGUAGUUGGCACACUGAAUGGACACACUGGAAGAGUUAAUUGUGUUCAGUGGAUUCGCAGAAAAGAUGGAUGUAAGUAUAACUGGAGUAAGAAGCCUAUUUCUACUGAGUGUUUUUUUAAAAAAAUAUAUGCCAUGGAUAUGCACCUGGAUCGGUACAGAGUACUGAUAAUAUAUUUUUACCUCAAAACUUACAAUCCAUUUUAGAUGUAUAGUAUAGGGUUGUUGGAGUUGGAAACAGGUUUGAAAUGCAAUCAGUAGAUACUAUAAUUCUAGAGUGGAGAGUAUUGCACUUAAACUGAGAGACCUCACAAUGACAAACUGAGGCUUAAUGCUGUGUAAAUCAGUCUUUAGAGACCUUUGGAUUUGUGUAUUCCUACUUGCCCUUGCAUGCCACAGUUCUCUUACUCCCUUUCCAAUUUGAGGCAACCAGUAGUUGGGUCAUUUUGUCUGAAUUGACAAACUAUGGUAUGUGCUUUCCAUGAAAACCAUGUUCAGAAACCACAGUGGUUAAAACCAUAGUUGGCAGGUUUGGGCUUAAGAAAGGAAGGCAGAGAAUUGCUGUGUGCUAGAGAGAUAAGUGGGGAGCAUGGAAGCUCAAGGGUCUUUCUUCAAAUAGCACCAAACCAUGGUUUGGCAUUGCGCCCGAACCAGCCCGGUGUGAACAGCAACGGAGACUUUGUGCACCUAACCUGUGCUUUCCAAGACACAGAAGAGUUGGUUGUUAGAAAGUUGCUGAGGUGCAUAAUAAAAGGGAGAGGAUGUCCAUUUAAUAGUGCUCAGGGGCUAUGGUCAGGCUACAUGGGAAGUCCCCCAGGACUUCUGGGCCAGCAGUUGCCUCUUUUCCACACACACCAUACAUAUAUAAUGCAACUUUUACUUGGCUAUCAAAUGUUUUAUAUUGUUGUUAUUGUAAUUAAUAUGUUUGGGGAUGUAGUUAAUUUAUUUGUGAAAUAAUACAUAGCAAUGGGAAGCAUGAAGGGGAUAAAAGGAAAAGCUGUUGUGCCCUACUGGCUUGGUUACACAAGUCAGGGUGCAAAGAGCAUCAGCAUGCUUGGCCCACCAGGUGGGAUAUUUGACUCUUCCAGCUGCUCCUUUGAACAAUGGACUCCUGUGCCUUAUGAACCACAGUUUUUGAAACUCCAUUUCAAAUGUGACUUGUUUUAUGUCAUGGAGGAUGUCUGAGAAGUGCAAGUCUGAUACUUUAUUAGAUACAAAGAAAUAGUUACGGUACAUAUUUCUUUGAAUCCAGACCAUAGAACUGCAUUUUCUGCACUGUUAGGUAGCCAGAAGAAUUAUCUGGGUUAUGACUGUUGCUGUUGCAGUGCCCUCUGGUGGGCAUAUUCUACAUUUGAAAUUUAUUCCUCCCUGUACUUCUUCAAGAUACAGUAUACAGUACAGGGCAAGGAGUUCAGCUGUCUGCUAGCAUGGCCAGUGGUGUUUUAUGUUAUGUUAUGUUAUUUUUAAUAUCUUAAGACCAUGUAGUCCUAGGUGACCAAACAAAGUGAGCACUUUUGGUUUUUUUUGGGGGGGGGAUUGUCUUGAGCAUAGAGAUAUCCCAAGAGAAUUUGAAACAUGUUCAGAACACAAUUCUGUAUUUCAAGUUAAAACAUCAGCUUAACCUGUGCACCCAGUUUUCAAGUUGAGGAGGAAAGGCACAAAGUAUAAUGUAUAAUGGUGCCUAAAGUGAGGCUUCUCUUACAUUUUACAGUUCUAGUUCCAUUGUGCAUAUUGCCAUUUGCAAAACAAAAAUGCAGCUUAAAAGAGUGCUAAAGAGUAGAGCUAAACACUCCUGAAAUGAAAGAGGUUAUUUAAAGAUUAUAGUCUUAAAAACAUGAGGAUCACUGUGAAAAUGAAAAGUUAUGUACAGUGGUACCUCGGGUUACAGAUGCUUCAGGUUACAGACUCCGCUAACCCGGAAGUAGUAGCUCGGGUUAAGAACUUUGCUUCAGGAUGAGAACAGAAAUUGCGUGGUGGCGGCAGCGGGAGGCCCUAUUUGCUAAAGUGGUACCUCAGGUUAAUAACAGUUUCAGGUUAAGAACGGACCUCCAGAACAAAUUAAGUUCUUAACCCGAGGUACCACUGUAUAAUGUGAAUGUAGGAAAUUGAGAAUUUACGAUUACAUGAGACCUGGCACUUGAUGAUAACCACAAAUUCAGGUGAAUUCCUGGUAAAUAAAGGAGAGUCUGUAGAGUUGCAAGUGUUCUACUUGCUCCUCUGUUGGAAAGAUGGGACCUAGGGAAAAAUUGAAACUAUUAUUACAGACACCAGAGUGUGUGUGUAUAUGUGUGCUUUUUUAAAAAGUAAUUAUUUGCAGAUUUUGACCUUUGGGAAGAAUUGCCACUGAAACAAACCACAGGUCAUACUGAAUCAGAAUUAUACAACUUUUCCCUUGUUCAACCUUUCUCUCCCUCUCCCCUCCUCCCCCUUCACAGCUUAUGAAACCGAAUUAAUUUCUGGAGGGUCUGACAAACUACUUAUUCUUUGGGAAACACAAAAUGAGAAGGUAUGUAGAGUGAUUGUGAUAUAUGAGAAUAAAACAAUUGUAAGCAUGAUUUCCCCCCUUAAGAAAUGAAAACUAGAACGACUUCUGAAUUUUUCCAUUCUUUCCACUCUAACUAUUGUACUAAGCAAUUCUAUACUGCAACAAAUUCAUUGCUAGUAAUCUGGAUUCAAAAUUUAAGAGCAUCACAAUGAAAGCAAAAGAGAGCUGUUCAAGGAUCUGCCAUUGUACGUGUUGUGUAGUACUUGGUGUAAAGGGGGGAAAUCUAUACUAAGACCUCAAUACUAUAUUCACUUCCUAAGCAGUAAGUGCCACUGAGGACAGUGGGACUUGCUUCCAAAGAAACUUGCUUUGGAUUGCACUGUAAACAAAACAGAAUUCUGUGGCUUGUUUGCAUUAUGCAUAAUUGAACAAAUGUGCUUGUAUUAUGUUACAUUUUCCAUGCAUGCUGUCUUUUGGAAGACUGGAAGGUAUAUCAAUUCUGGAAGCCCAUCCCACUGAAAAUCGUAUUUAGUUAUCUCUCUGGAUUCUUAGGUUUUGUCAUCCAUUGUCUACAGUACACACUUAAAUUAAGGCCUGCGAACAUGUGUUUACUAAAAUGAUACCAGAGAUUCUGAGGAAGCUGAAUUUUGCAGUCAAUGGCACAUUUUGUGCUUAACAAGGAAACUCAGAAAUACACUGCCCUAGCAGAGAAGAAAUUGUGGUUAUUUAGGUGUGAUACAUGCCUAGUACUCGGCCUUAAUGCCACAGCUCUGUUUAACUCAGGGGCCUGGUUCACAUGCCAAUUAAACCAUAGUUUAAAAUAAAUUAUGGCUUGACAUAAAGGAGCCACACAUGCUGCUUAAAAAGUUUCUGCAGUGCUUGUCCUCUGCUUCUGCCACACUACAGGCAAAACAAGCUGGAGUCUGGCUUUCCCUCUUGCCCAAACAAAGGCUUUAAGGCUGAUAGGGCUACUAGGGAGGAUUACGGAGGAGGAUUUGCUGGGCUCACUCAUCUCUGUGCUCCUGACUGACUGCGGAAAAACACCAGUGAGCAUCUUUGAGCAAAAGGGCUUCAGCAGCAGUGCUCUUUAAAUAGUGAUUUCUGGGUUGAAAGUCAGGCAGUGAGCUGCAGCUGGUGUUUCUUUCCUCAUCCUCUGCCCACUUCUGCCAAGACUGAGGUCUUACAUCAUCUUGUAAGAAAAGAUUUGCUCCCGUCCUGUUUACUGUAUCAUAUUUAAUUACACACACUUCACAAAUUCACCAAUCCGAUUUGCCCUGUCUUUUCAAGUUUUGCACCUGCCACAGACUGGACAGUUAGUGCCACCCAGAAAUAUUUAAGGCUGAGAAUUUACAUCAGAUGUUGCUGGACUAUAACUCCCAUCAGCCCUAGUAAGUGUGGCCAGUGGUCAGGGAUGAUGGGAGUUGUAGUUCAACAACAUCUGGAGAUCCAAAGGUUCCCCACUCCUGAUUUCUAUCAUGAUAUACCAAUGCUACGUUUCGACCCAACACUUUUUGACCCAACACCUGUGGUGUUCUUUUUCUUUAUGAUGAGAUAAUUCCUUCUUCUCUCCUGAACCUAGUACCUGAUAUGGCAAAGAAGACAUACAGUAUUACAAUGUUGCUUCAUUGUGAAUGAUUUACCUGUAUAAAGAAAGAAAGAAAAAAUAGCUUUUCAUGACAACAUAGAAUAAAAAACCAGUGAUAUUACUAGAGGGCUUGAGAGAGUUUCUAUCCAGCCAUAUAUCACAAUGGAUCACCUGUCUGAUGCAAGUGCUCAUCUCACUGACGUUGAGUCUUGGUUCUCUGUAACAGUGAGGGGGGAGGAAUAAUCAAGGCUGUAUCCACAUGAGUCUUAUUUCUUUGUAGUAGACAACUUUUGAUCCACCUGGCAAGGUAAAUUCCUUUGCUGAAAUGCAGGAAUUCUUUGUGAGCAAACAAAUUGCUGGGAUGCUUCCUUGCAAAUCUGAAGGCAGUGAGGUCAAAUCUCUUCCACAACUAUGAAUGUUCUCGUGACUGUAGCUUGAAUAUGAAAUGGCACCCUGAAGUCUUUCUCUUUCCACUAUCUUGAGCCGAUCUACAGACUGAAGGAGGCAAUGUGCUGGCAGUGGACAUAAAUACCUCAUUAAUGAGGUACCACCUUGCCUGGAACAGCAGAAGUAGAUCAGAAUCAGAAAUACUAUUAGGAUGAGGUAUAAGCUGUGCCUGCUGUUUUGAGGAUAUAUUCCAGGAAAAACGGCUGGUAUGUCCACAAUCCCAAUGAUUGCAAAGCACUUCAUGUACUUAACUGUAAAAGUGUUAUUAGCUGGUGAAACAGAAGGCUAAGUGAACUGGUAUAGUCAAGUGCUUAUAGUUUUUUAAAUUGAGAUUAGACUCUCUUAUAAAAAGAAAUGCUUAAACUAAAUGGAACCUGGAAGACUUCACAGAAAACAAAUUGGAUUUGCCCUGUGCUAUACAGGAGGUGAAAUUAAAUGACCCUUCUGAUAGCAUUUGGAAUAAAAUUAUUUUAAUCAAUAUUACCCUUCAGUUGUUUUCUAUUCUGCCUGAAUGCUUUUCCGUUGUGUUCAACUUAGUUUAAACCUUAAUUAUUACUAUUUUUGUCAUAUACCAAGCCAUUUAAAGUAGAUUUAGAAAAUGGAUGGGAAAACCCAGUGAUGUUGCUUUUUGUGAACUUAACGGAGUUCUAAUUUUUAUUAGAACACAGAACAGCAUAGAUUACAAAUAGAAUGUUGUAUAAAGUGCAUAUUUUCUAAUGCCCUGGACAAAAAUGACAGCAAUGUAAUUUGUUUACCAAUGUUCUGAGCUAAAGCUUUUGUAUUUCACUUCUGUUACAGUUUUUAGCACUUCUGUAGUUGGACAGUGAAAACUGCACACUUUGCAUGGCAGCUUGGUUUGGAUUUCAAGGUUCUUGUCCUUCCUUUGUGUAAUCUUAUAAUGUUCUGUUUAGCUUGUGAACUACACUCGUCUUGAAGGCCACUCUGAAGCAGUUUGCUCUUUGGAUGCUGUAUACAUGAGGAAUGAGUCUACAGGAGAGUUAAAUAUACUUUUAGCUUCUGCGGCUUCUGACUCUACUGUGCGAAUCUGGUCCAAACAAGGAACAGGAGGUAACUUUCUCUAUUUGUAAACAGAUUGUUUCAAAAAGUCACAUUCAUGUAGCAAAGUUUAGUGCUAUGUAUUCAUAUCUUUAGGAGAAUCUAGAUUUCUUCCAGCUGGAAUUCACUGGUUUCGAAUAGCCACCAGUUGUCUAGCUAGCAAAAAUACGUUUUUUUAAAACAGUUUUUGGUGUGUCUGUUUUCUUUUCUGUAAAGGUAGCUGGGAAUGUAACUGAAGAGUGAUAUAAAAACACUUAAAAUAGCAGAAAGGUGGCAAUCCAGUGGAUAGUCCAAGUUAGGAAAGUAUUCAGGAUAUGUUAGAACAGAAGUUCUCAAUUAUAAUUAGGCAUGCUGAACAAACACAAAUCAUAGUCAUACUUUCAUCGACUUGGAGGACAAAUUAAUGUUGUACCGAUUCCUGGGGGGAUAGGUCUGUUAAUGAUUAUUAGCCAUGAUAGCUAAUAGAAACGAUAUACCUUUAAGUGCUAGAGAUUGAGGAUAAGCCAUAGGGGAUGGCAGUUACUUUCGUGCUGUACCUGUGAGCUUCCAAGGCAUCUGGGUAGCUGAUAUUGAAAUGGAAUCCUGGACCCAUAGCCUGAACAAAAAAAACCACCCCAAUCCCUCCUGGAGCCCUAUUUGUGUGUGUGUUCCUCCAUACAUGAAUGCCCCACUUCAGGCAGGUCAAGUUAGGAGUCAUGGCUGGUAUGUGCCUCAGCAUCUAGGAAAGAGGCUAGCUUGUAUAUUCUAGAGAGCCUCUUCAAGCAUUCAGGACAUUCAAUAUUGAACACCUGAAUAAGGCUCAGACCUUAAAUACUUUUGAUAUCUGAUGUUACCGACAUUCGUCUGUCCUGGGUGACAAUGGAAGAGUGUGCCUUUGGGAGCGAAGUCAAACGAUUGGAAAGUUACAGUACCUGCUGUCGCUGUAAAGACAGAUAUGGGAGAGACAUGUUUUGUUGAAGCUGGGGCAGACGAAGGUGUCCAGUUGUGCUGCUCCAGAUACACCAUGGCAUUUCUUCCCUCUGUGCUCCUCGUAGCAGUCAUUCCUCCUCUAGUCACUGCUGUGGGUCCAUGACCUGACUGUCUGUCUCCAGGCACUGUAGUCAUCUGCAAGGGAUUCCCACAAGCUAUACAUCUUGACAAAGAAAGGGCAAAGGCGAUAGCUAUGUUGUGUUAUGCCGAACCUUUACGUCACUUGCCUUGCUACAUGCCACAAUGCAUGAGCCCUUAAAAUUGUUUCCUAUAAUAAGAGAAGUAGAGGAAUUUUGUCCCUCUGAGAUGAGGAACCACCUCUCAAUGUGCCAAGGUCAGUGUGAGUUCUUUCAUUCUGAUCUACUGUAACCUCUCCUUAUCAGUUUUUCUAUACCUGAGUCAGUUUCUCUGUUGCAUUUUUUUAUGAUGUAUAAUCCUUUAGGUUAAUCUUGGGUGAGUUUUAAUUCUUUGUAGCUGUAAUUAGCAGCUUAUCUCUUUGGUUCUACAUUGGCUGUCUGUCAUGUUGACUGCUGGUGUGCAAAACUAUUCUCUCUCUCUCUCUCUCUCCCUCUCAGUUAAAUGUCUUCAGACACUGCUAUUUGGAAAUGGAUUUGUUAUGGAUGUUUCUUUGUCCUUCUUGCCAGACAGCAACAGUAAGUGUGUCUGUGAAACUGUUUAAUCAUUUAAAGGGAUGCUUAACUGGUGUCUUAAGCAUUUUAGUCGAUGUAGUUGAUGGAUGGCAGCAAAUUUCAAAUACUGACUCAAACAUUUUGUUUUAAAGUAUAUUUCAAAAGUGCAGUACUGGGCUCCUAAUAUCUGCUCCUGUGAGUGCCCAUUUUCCCACCCACCCACACCAGUGUGACUUGACACUAAUUUGAUUUCAGUACUGCUUUCUUUGCCAUGUUGCUCAAUAUGUUUAGAGGAAUUUUUUUUUUCUUGUGUGCACCACAUUUAUAGGUAAAUGUAUCAAAGGAGAUAGUGAAUAUUACUUUGCCACUUUCAGUUUUCUAUUCAGUGUUUUGAGAAUAAAUGCAAGCAAAAAUUGCAUAGUCGGUCAUCUGAGCUGUGAUUCUAUCCCUAAACGCUGAAUAUUCUCCCUCCGUUUGUUUUCACCUUCCUCCUUCUCUCUGUUGUCUCCCAUGUGUUGAAUGUUAGGUUGGGACAGGCCCCUGCCUUUUUGGUUAUUACUCUGCUAAAGCACCAUUCACAUUAAUGGUGGUAUGGUAACAAAACAAUUUAGUGCUUGGUGUGUCUUUAAAUGAUGGCUUCUCAGCGAUGCAGGAGUUUUAGGUUUGUGCACACCCCUCCCUUACCUCGUCAUUGCUGGGUGGAAGGAUGGAACUGUUACGGUAAAAUCUGGGUGCGGGGUUACUCUGCCACCCAGCUCGUCGGACUAAGUCCGCGGGUCCCUGCGGAAGAAAAUGAGCUCAGCCGGAGACAGGAGCAAGCUCCAGGAGAUCCGAGUUUAUUGCGCAACAGGUUCAAGGCGAGAUUGAACAGCGAGAAAGGGGUAACAUGAACUUUUGAAAUUUCCCUCCAUGUCCCAGAAUACAGUGCAAAAUACAUCCCAGUUACAUCAUGAAUACAUUAAGAAGAGGUUGGGUUACACAGAUUACAUCACGAAUACAUUAGGAAGAGGUUGGGUUACACCGGAUUAACAUAUGGAGGAGGGAGGGGGGAAUAUGCAGAGCUGGAGAUAUGCGCAGAUAAGCACAUCCUGAGAAGACAAUGGUCCAUGUAUGCAUAGUCUGUCACCUGGCAUCGCCCGGAGGAAGGGCUUGGCAGAGCGAUUUGACAGGAUUAGGGUCUUGACACCUUGCUUGAGGGAUUAUGGAGGGCAGGGGAGGUGUCAUGGAGUCCUAGAGAAAUUGAGCAAAUUGGCAAGUUGAUUUUCUAUGAAUUCUAUAGAUUUUAGUCCCUUUUGACAUUGGCAAUUGGAAAUAAAUGGAUAUAUUGUAGCGAAGAAGGUGAAGAAGAAGACAUGCCCCCCCCCCUUCCGUAUCAGAACGGAGAGAAGGGAUAUCUGCUCCAGAUGAUGUGUUUUAUUGGAAAAUGGUACCUCCUUUAUGGUUGCAACCAAGUAUCCCCAUGUUUGCUGCAAAUGGAUUGUGGUGCAGGGUCUGGGAGACAGUCCAUUCAAAUAAAUUCAGCUCAGCUGGAUGCUUGUGAUUGUAUCCACCAUGCCUGAUGCCAAAAUCAAUAUUGACUUUUGGGAUUACCAGACUUGUCAGAAGGAUGCGUUUUAAAGUUCCCUUUGACCCAAGUCUUUAGUAGCGAAUGUCUGCUUCUAACUUCUAUUGUAUUUUGAAGUCAAUAUCUAUACAUUAUCCUUUUUGAGAAAAUACCUAUGAAAUUAACUCUUUGCAGAUGAGCAGGUAAUUGCUAAAGUGGAAGUGAAUAUGUUGGGAAGUUAUUGGUGUUGUGUCAGGAUCAAUUAGGAGUUGCCAUUCACCUGUUGUGUUAAAGUACCUUUUAGUACUGGGAUUAUGCGGGUUGCAUGCAUAUAAAACAGUGAUUCUGUUCAUAGGAGUUGGAUUUCCAAAACACUGGAAUGAUGCAUAGACAAUCCUGAUAUAUUAUCUUCCUCCCAGGCUCAGCAUGUGUUUCACGGUGCUGUUUAUGGAGAUCCAAAAAGCCAUCCUUUGCCCUAGUGUAAAUAGAUACAUUAGUGCAGGAGCAUAGUACAGGAAGGCAGAAAAUUUUGUAAUUUGACUUUUAGCAGAGUGGAAAGCAGCAUAAUUCCUUAUUUUUGAAAUUUGUGAAAUUAUAAUUACUGCAGCACUGGAUAUUCUACAGAUUGAGUUUUUUUAUAGUCCUGGAACUGUGUAACACACCCUUAGAAGUAAGUCCCAGAGCAUUCAAGGUGUGCUGGCUUCCUGGUACUUUGGCAUAGGAUUGCAGCCUUAGGCUCCUUCUCUCCCUCCUUCCUUCUCUUUCUCUCUCUCUCUUCAUCCUUUAGUAAAUGUGGUAUACUCCCUUGUGUCCAUUUUAUUUUUCUCUUUAAAAAAAUAAUAAUGAAACCGCAAAUUUCCACUGACUGCUUUGCCAUUUCAGGACCGGUACUGGCUUGCGGUGGGGAUGACUGCAAAAUUCAUUUAUAUGUGCAGCAGGAUGGACAGGUAACUAUUACUUCUGUCUCCUAUCCCAUGAAUAGUAUGAAAUUUGGGGGGGUGUUUUGUUGUGACUGUGAUUGUAUGGGGAGAAAAUGAAGGCAGGAAAAAUGAAGUUGAAUACGUGGGAGAAGUGUUUACAAAUAUUGCUGUGGUGUGCCUUUAUAUUGAAUUUUCAAAAUGACUUUUAAUUUGUUUAUAUUCCAUUCUAUUCGGAGGAUUUUGAGCUUAGACAAAUAAUGUGUUUUGGGUUUAGUUGUGUUCCUUCCAGUUCACAUUUGAUGUUAAUUGACAUCUGUGCUAGCAUUCAUCAUAGACAGGUUCUGUGUGUGGAAUUGUUCAGCAUGCCUGCCAAUUCAUGGUGACCGAUGUGCCUAUUUAUUCCAAUUAGUUAUACACCACCCUUCAUUGAAUUUGGCUUCAGUGUGGUUUACAGAAUUAAAAAUAUCAAAAUGCCUUCAACAAUAUACUUUUAAAUGCCAAACAGUGCAACCCUAUACACAUUUACUCAGAAGUAAGUUCCAAUGUGUUCAAUAAAGUUUAAAGGUAAAGGUACCCCUGACCGUUGGGUCCAGUGGCAAACUACUUUGGGGUUGCGGCGCUCAUCUCGCUCUAUAGGCCGAGGGAGCCGAUGUUUGUCCGCAGACAGCUUCCGGUUCAUGUGGCCAGCAUGACUAAGCUGCUUCUGGCGAAACCAGAGCAGCGCACGGUAAUGCCGUUUACCAACCCGCCAGAGCAGUACCUAUUUAUCUAUUUGCACUUUGACGUGCUUUCAAACUGCUAGGUGGGCAAGAGCUGGGACCGAACAAUGGGAGCUCACCCCGUCGCAGGGCUUCGAACUGCCGACCUUCUGAUUGGCAAGCCCUAGGCUCAGUGGUUUAGACCACAGAGCCACCCACGUCCCUUCUCAAUAAAGUUUAUUUUUCAGGUAAAUGAGUAUAAGACAGCAAGCUUUAAAAGCCUGCGGAUUUGCCUGGCACCUGAAAGAACGCAACCUUGCUGGGGAAAGGCAUCCUACAAGCUCAAAAUGGUCCUCAUUGUGUUUGUCUCCUGCUUCAUCUUAAAUGAAGAGGGAACAGAGAGAAAACCCUCAGCUAACUAUCUGAGAAGGUACUCCUUCAGGUCUCCAGAUCACUUUGAAUCAAAUUUGGAUUGGAGAGGCUGCCAUUGGAGCUAUCUCAAAUAAGCUCUGCCUGUCAGAAUCUGGGCCGCUACAUUCUGUACCAGCUGAAGCUUCUGAAUAAUCUUCAAAUUAAGCCCGAUGUAUAAUGCAUUACGGUAAUCCAUUCGAGAGAGAGGUUACCAGGGCAUGGCUGACUCUGACCUCGCCGGUGAACCAGCUGAGGCUGCCAAAAGGCACCCUGUGCUGUUUGAACUCACAGCAACAAAGCUGAAUCCAGGAGAACCCUCAGGCUGUAAUGCAGAGCAUCAAAAUACAGAUAUUUGUGCUACAUAAGGAUACUGGUUUGUUUCAGUUUCAGAAGACUUUGCUGCUUCAUGGCCAUGAAGACUGGAUAAGAGGGAUUGAAUGGGCAGUUUGCGGUAUGUAGGGUAUGCAGCAAGGCAUUUUUAAUAAUCUAAUGUGCCAUAUAGAGCAAGAUUACUAGGAAAAGCCAAGCAUCUGAGAUGGUUUUAAUCCCCCUUUCAUAUUCAAGCAUAGUAUUUGAGACCCAGCGGGACAGCGUGCAGAAACAAGUAGGAUGGCAGAACUUGAUAAUGAGAGUGCUGUAAUUUUUAACACUAUACUUAGAUGUUUAUUUUUAUAAUUCCGCUGGCAUGAAUUUUCUUCUCCACAUUUUGAAGGUGAUGUUGCUAAUAGGGAAAGAUAAUUUCAGAGGAUUCGACUAUAUAAUGUAAUAGGCAAGUAUUCCAUUUUGGAUAAUGAAGUAAGGGAAUGGUCCUUUCAGUCUGGAGUAGCCUGCUUCCUAGAGUUCAGCCUUUGUUGAAACAAAGAGGGACAAAUGUGUCUUCCAGUGCAGGUGCUUGGCCUAGAAGGAUCAAGGCCUCAACACUUGCAUCUUAAAAAUGAUAACUGAGGUUCUAGGGCAGGGGUCAGCAAAUUACGGCCCGUGGGCUGGAUACGGCCUAAGGGGGUCGUUAAAUCGCCCGCUCGGUCAGUCCCCGUAAGAAGCUAAACCGGCGUUCUGCGCUGGUUGCUCCGCGUAAGCACUGACUUCUGGGAUGCAGCCACGGCUUCCUAUUCCUGCAGCCAGUUGGAAGCCACAGACGCCUCCCCCCCACCCCCCACCCCGCCAUGGCUCCGAAAGCCAGCGGGGAAAGAGCGGCGGGUUUGUGUGCAUGCUCCCAUGCGUGGGCGAUCCGGCCUGCCAGUGGAAAAGUUUGCCAACCCCUGUUCUAGGGAAACUGGAUUCUAUGCCCACUUCUACACUCUCCAGUUUUUCUGCUCCCCUGUGGAAUCUCGAGAAAAGAGCACACCAUGAGCUCAGGCCAAUGUAAGUUUCAAUAGUGGGAGUGGUUCCUACUCGCAAAUCAAUAGUCAAUAGUAACAAAAACUAAUCCAUUCAAAAGUAUGUAUUCUGACAAGGAUUACAAAUUUAAAUAGAGAUUACAAACUCUAACAGAGAUUACAAACUCAAACUCAUAAAAAUAUGUAUAACACAAUAAUUCAUUACAGAAUUAGAGAUAGGAGUUUAUGAGCGGAGAUAAGUUCAUGUUAGUCCAGAUUCGUCGUGGAGGUCUUAGUUUCAAUCAUUGAGCAGAAAUCAGAAGUCAAUUAUGGAUUAGAAACCAGGACAGGGCCCUGUUUUGAUGUAUUCACCUUCAUCAGCUGGAAGUAUCAAAUAUUACAUGAAAAUACAUUUAAAUUCUAAGUUAUCAUAAAUUAUAAUUUAUAAAACAGCAUUAUAUAACAUUUGGUUCCUUACCUAAUUUUUAAAGGGUUGUGUAAGUUUGAAGACUUUCGGAUAAAUAUAUCCUGUUAUUUUCUACGUUUCUCAAGGAUAACAACUGAAAAUAAUCAAUAAUAGUUACAUGUGUUGAAUCAAAUUAAAAACUCUAAGGCAGCAUAUAAUCAUAUGAUUCCUCCACCCCUGUGGAAUCUCAGCAUAUAUGUAACCUUGUCCAUAACUUACAGCUUUGCUCUGUGUAGCACAUGUUAGAAAUAGAGAAUCUUAGAAGAUACUGAAUCCCGCCCCCCGCCCUGAGAAACCACGUAGCACUAUCUUUCCACAAACAGAUGAUUUUGCCAAACUAUUCCAACCUAGAUUCAGGUAGGUAUUCCAACCUACAGAGCUUUCCUUAGAUUAUGUGAGGCAUUUCUACAGUAUUGUAGCUAAUAUGACAGUGUGAUGUUCAUCCCUUUCCACACUGAAUGGUGCUGACAUGCGCUACAGCAAAGUACCAUAUUUUUCGCUCCAUAGGGCGCACCUGACCAUAGGGCGCACCUAGUUUUUAGAGGAGGAAAACACACACACACAAAAUCUGAAUCAAAUGUUGCACUAAACUAUUUAAAGCAGCAAAGCGGGCAGGCUCCUGUCCGCUUUGCUGCUUUAAAGCGAGCCUCAGAGGAGGGUAGGAAGGGGAACCAUGGCUUAUCUAAGUCCAGUUAAUAAUGUUGAGCCUUACCUAUGGCCAUCGAGAUUAGCCUAGCCGUCUCAGUGGAAAUCUGGGGAGGCUGAGGUGGACUUUCCAGUGGUCAAAGUGUGGUUGUGUCUUCCUGCCCGGCAUCUAUUUCCUGCCCUCUUUCCCCCCUGCACCCCUUCUCCCUCCUGGGGAAAACCCCGCAAGAGCGCACGAAGCUUGUGUGCGGCUCUUGGGGGCUUUUCCUGCCUGCCUCCCCCCUGCAUUUGCUCCAUAGGACGCACACACAUUUCCCCUCGCUUUUUAGGAGGGAAAAAGUGCGUCCUAUAGAGCGAAAAAUACGGUAUUUAUUUUGGUAUUCGUUAGCAACUUGCUCAUGGCAAUACUGAUUUCCCUGGGCAAUGAACUUCCCAUCUUUAAAAUCUUCCUGCUUUUCAUUUAUUUAAUUUUGCAAAAGACGGAGAUCUCUUCUUGGCAAGCUGUUCCCAGGAUUGUCUGAUAAGGAUCUGGAAGAUGCAUGCAACUUCAUUGCUUGUGGAAGCCCAAGAUGAGGAAACCAUAAGGCUGAAGGAGAACAUUUUCACCGUGAAAAAUGACAAUGGUGAGUCUGUACUUUAUGAAUAGCUGUUGCUUUUUCUGAGGCAAUAUGCAAUUGUUGUCAGUAGAGUUAAAUGAAAGUGUAGAACCUGAGGUUUGCCAUUCUUGUUAUUUUAUGUUUUAUUUUGAUAAAAUAAUAAUAAAUAAAUAAUAAAAAUGUGCACCCCACCCACAAGACCAUUCCAUUGUCAAUAUCCAAUCUCCCAAAAUUUUAACACCUCUUGCGAUAGUUUGACCCCUUUCCAUUUUAACAGCACAAAUUCUACAAAUAUCUCCUCAAAAUCAUUUCUCAUACAUAUUCCCCAUCUUACCUUAAAAGCACAUGUUAAUUUAUCAUUAAUAGCUAUAUCCCACACCUCUUUAUAUUCAUCUUGCUCCUUCCACUUCCUUUUUUUAAAAAUAUGUACUUCAUUGGUUUUAAAAACUGUGUAACAUAAGUAAUCAACAGAAAACAAAAAUAAACAAACAUUCAUUCCAUAGUUGGUGCUUGUUGUAUGUAACAAUUUUAGUUGGAUUCAACAUGACCUCUGGUUCCCCCAUUGUGGUUCACAGAUUACAUUCUUUAUCUGCGCACUAAACUUUGUCUCCUCUAGGUUGUUUCAAUUGCAUUAGUUUUGUAAGAUUCUCCUAUUACACGCAGAAAGUCAAUCUAGACUUGCCAACAGAUUUAUAUUUUUGCAAUGUUCUUUUAAAUAAACUCUGUAUACAUCCACUUCCUAGCUAUAAUAAGUCGUGCAGCUGUCAAUAAAUCUGUGAGCAAGUCCUUCAUAGCCUGCGAACCUUCCACCCCCUCGUAAAUUGAUAAUAAUGCUACCUCUGGACCUUUGGUCAGCUUUAACCCAUCGAUUUCUGUUAUCUCCUUAAACACCCUUUGCCAAAUUUCUUUCACAUAUUUACACCUCCACCACAUGUGAACAUAAGUCCUGGUUUGCCAUUCUUGAGUUUCAGAUUCUCCUUUCCUGAGAACAAUUCACUGAACUCAUGCUGUAUGACUACACUAGCAAAAGGGCCAAGAGAGAUGUGGCGUUUCUGCGUGCUUUGUUUCAGCUAACCUCAUAAACUUCAGCCCACUCCUGUUACAUCAUCCGUUCCUAUUCCUGGGCAGGGAUUUAACCUUUCCUACUGCAUAGCCAAGUCAGCAGUAGAGUACAGAAAUUGCACAGAGAAAUAUAUUGAAUCAGCUCAGUCUAGUGAGACAUAUUUGUGAAUGGAAACGAGUUUGUUUGCACAUAUCUCCAUUAUCAAUAGGAUGCUAUGUUUUGUGUAUAUUUGAGAGGCGUACCUGAAUUCAGAACCCAGGAUUUUUAGAUGCGAUUCUGUACCACCCUAUCUGCCUUUCCCAAACAAACUUCUGAAGGUGCUCAGUGACAUGUGAGGUCGUACUUAGGCUUUCACAUUUUGUUGUGGCAUCUAUUUGUUGUGCCACCUAUCCACACUAUGGCUGGGUGCUUCUUGACAAUUGGCUAGCAUAACUCCAUAAAGGUAAAGGGACCCCUGACCAUUAGGUCCGGUCGCAGAUGACUCAGGGGUUGCGGCGCUCAUCUUGCUUUAUUGGCCGAGGGAGCUGGCGUACAGCUUCCGGGUCAUAUGGCCAGCAUGACAAAGCCGCUUCUGGCCAGAGCGGUACCUAUUUAUCUACUUGCACUUUGACGUGCUUUCGAACUGCUAGGUGGGCAGGAGCAGGGACCGAGCAACGGGAGCUCACCCCGUUGCGGGGAUUCGAACCGCCGACCUUCUGAUCGGCAAGUACUAGGCUCUGUGGUUUAAUCCACAGCGCCACCCGUGUCCCUAUAGCAUAACUCCAUACUGUCCUUGCUUUUCCAUGCAAAACUGUAGUUUGUUUGCUAUACUUCUAAACACACACACACACACGAAAUGCACACAAAGUAACAUUCUGUUUGAAACAGCCGCAACCAUUGCAAAGCAGCUAAAAGAGACAAAUAAGGUAUGGUUUGAGAAGAACCUCCCCUGCUGUAUGCAAGACUCACAUCAAUGACAGGAACGGAAAUGUGGGGGUAUUUCCUUGGUUCUUUUAUAGAUAUAAGCUUUGAAGAUUUUUAUUAUCUUUUUUGCUCUGUGGUAGGUUCAGAUGCAUCUUUUGCUGUUACGCUGGACUCUGUGUUAGCUGGACAUGAAAACUGGGUAUAUGCUGUUCAUUGGCAGCCUUCCUUUCCCAAAGGUAAGAAGUAUGUGAGCCGCAAAUUGGGGGACAGCUAGACAUAGCGAAGAACAUUGGAUUGCUGUGGGUAAUGGAACACCCAUAAUGACUUCUCCCAUACCUUACCUGUGUGUUGUGCAUUUCCCCAUUCCAGUGUGGCAGCUAGUGAUGUGGAGUAGAGGCUGGGAAUUGCAGGAAAUGAUAUUGAUUCUACCUGUAGCUCAUUAACUUUUUCCUAUAGUCCUGAUUCUGUGUGGGUAUGGAUUUUGGUUAUUCUGCAUUGUCUGUCCUUAGGGUUGCUCCAGCCCUAACAUUGCCAGUUGCUGAAUCAUUGCAAUAAUUACAGUGACCACCAGCCUUUUCAGACCAAGGAGCCACUAACACUGACAAGGGGGCUCCUUUUUUCUUUGCCUUUUAAAAUAUGCAUCCAGAUUUGUCUUUCUCUCUUUCCCUUUUCUUCUAUUGAAAAUAGCAACAUUCAGUGACAUUUAGAAUCACAAAUACUGAUUCUUUUGGAAAAUCGCCAUUGCUUUGCCAGUGCAGCCUGCCUUAAGGUUCAUCUCAACCUAUGAUUUACCACUUAAUGUGUCACGAGUCGCCAGUUAACGACCAAUGAUUCACUAAGUGCUCCAUUUCCAAAUAGUGACUACACUUGGCACUUCUGGGUGUAAUGUUUUCUCUUGUGAUUGGAACUGAAUUUGUGCAAUUUGAAAUGUAUGGACCCAGAACCAUCUGCAAACAUUCCCUUUUAAAGCAGGGGCGGUAGACAAUUACUACGGCACCUAGUAUCCAAUGUACAAGACACUUGUCUGUGCACCCUUCUUGAAAUACUGUAAAUUGCAACUACACAUUUCUCUCCUCUUCAGCCCAACACAGUUUGUUCUGCAGCAUGCCUUUGUAGAAUUAUCUUACCUUUGCUAUCCCGAAUGCAAUAUGUGAGACGCAAAAAAGCAUGCUAGCCUCUUCCACAAAGGUAAAUUUUCUCCUUGCACUGUAGAUGGCAGGAUGGAACAGCCAAUGAAAUUGUUGUCUGCUUCAAUGGACAAAACUGUUAUCCUCUGGGCUCCUGAUGAUGAAUCUGGGGUGUGGUUGGAACAGGUAGGCAUGUUUUCUACGUUUUCCUCUCUUGCUUUCCCUGCCCACCCCCACCCCCCGCGGCUUUAGAAAUUAAGUAAAGGGAGUAUGAGGUCAUAUCCAAGCCUAAAAAGAAUUCAAGUGGAAAGUAUUGUAAUUGUAGCAGGCUGUUCCUUCAGUGGAAGAGCAAACAAGCAACAUUCUGCUGUAUUUAGAACCACAAAAACUGAUUCUUAAAAGCAGUAAAGACUUCUGUGUGCAUAUGAGGGAAAGGAGGAGAUUGUGCUUACAGCAAAGAGGCCACACACAUUUCAAACCCGUCCAGCCUGUCUGCCUACACAUGGAUUUGAACUAAAACUUAAAUAUUUGCCUUAUGCUGGAAACUUGGUGUUUUUCUUUUUAAUAAACCUUUGGCAUCUCUGAUGGCACAACCAGAUGUUCCCAGCAUCUAGUACCCUGCACCAGUACAUGGAGGUUCAAUUUAGCUGUUACGGAUAAUAAAUACUGAUUUUUAUGAAUUUGUCUAAAAAAAAGAAUUUAAGCUAGCUAAGCCAAUAAUCAUCAUUUCACCUUGGAAUGUUUUAUUUUUAUUGCAGACUGCCUGUGAACUUGGCAAAUAAACAUAUCAAACCAUUUUUAAAAUUAGGAUAUAUUGGUGAUAAAUAUGGGGGGAGGGGUUGAAUCUAUUUUUCUGUGUUGUUUGUACAUAUAACAGGUGUGUGCCUAGACCCUGAACUAAUGGCUUCUUAAUUUUGUAAGAUCAAUAGCACAUUAAUGCUGCUGUAACGGCGUUCUUUUAGCUUCUCUUUUGGGUGUAAUUCUAAACUGUAGAUGAAAUUUUGUUAUUUUGUUUAGGAUUAAGUCUUUAGCCAUCAAUGAGCAGAUUGACUGGUGGCUGGCUCAUGUAUUUUGUGUUCAAUUUUUCAAAAAAGGUCCGAGUAGGAGAAGUGGGUGGAAAUACUCUGGGGUUUUUUGACUGUCACUUCAGCCCAGAUGGCUCAAUGAUUCUUGCUCAUGCUUUCCACGGAGCGCUGCAUCUUUGGAAACAGACUUCAGCAAACAAGGCAAGAGAAUUUAUUUAUGUUGCUAGAGAGGAAAAUGUUCACGGACUGUUGUUGUGUAGUAAGCCGUGGCUUUGUGCUCAAAAGAUACACUAGAUUGGAUAUCUAUUCUGAACACCUCAUUUAAGCUGAAGCAUUGAUCUUCUUAAUUUUCUUUUUUUCCUACCACAAUUAGUAGCAAACAAGGUUAAAUCUGAUGGGAUCACUGGGGUGUGCCUUUUGGGCUCUGUGGGUAGUAAACAUCUCAUAUAUAUAUAUAUAUAUAUAUGUAUGUAUGUGUGUGUGUGUGUGUGUGUGAGAGAGAGAGAGAGAGAGAGAGAGAGAGAGAGAGAGAGAGAGAGAGAGAGAGAGAGUGUGUGUGUGUGUGUGUGUGUGUCAGUCCAUCUGGCCCACUCUAGUCUACCCCACCCCACAGCAAUAUCUUUCCAAGAUCUGUGAGACAGGACAAACCUUUCCCAGCUUUUUAACUGUAGAUGACAGGACUGAACCUGAGACCUUCUGCUUGCGAAGUGCACAUGCCAUUUCCAGGCUAGCUCUUAGUAGGUAUGGGGGGGCAGGUAAAAUGCUAUUGAAAGAGAGGAUCACGUUGCCUUCAAUAUACGUAGCAUUUUUAAAUGUAUAAAAACACGGCCAAAGAUGCCCUUCAUUGUAACCAGCAAGGUAUACAUAUGACCAUGACCUCAUUUUAUGUGGCUUGAAUCCCAUCAAAGUUCCUUGGUUCCUGUUUGUUUCCUCCUUAUUUUUCCUGGCUUUUAAAAGCCCCCCCUUUCCCCCCUUAUGUAGCAUCAGAACAACUGGAAGGGGCAAUAUUUUAUUGGAUAAAAAUAAAUUGAUGAGAUGUGUGUGUGUGUGUGUGUGUGUGUGUGUGUGUGUGUUAUUAUUCCCCACUCCCUGCCACUGUUUUUACAGCUCAGACUUCUGUUAUGUGUUUGUGAAUAGCAUGCUAAAGUUCAAAAGGAAUGCCCUUUUCUUGCUUUCUCAGAACAGUAGCUAUAUUGGUCUAUUGUAAAUAUAACAAUCCUUUGUAUACUCAUUUUAGAGUCACCCCAUGUAACCUAGUGGGGUUUGCUUUUGAGUAGACCUAACAGUGGGAAUUCUUAAUUUGAGAUGGUCAUUGUGAAAAUUGAGGCAGGACAGUUUUUCUUCUGGAUUAGUUAGUUAGACAUUUGGCUCUGUCCAUUAUUGGCCUCCAAGGAAAUUAUUGGCCUUACAAGGAAACCUUGUAAUACUUUACUCUUGUCCUUCAUUGGACUAUCAGCUGCUGUUAGCAGAUCUGCUGACAUCUCCCCCCCCCCCCCGAGUUCUAAUGCUUUUCUUUUUAGCUGUGUGCUUCAUUUAUAGUGAGAUCUCUAUAUUUAACAGAUAGCUUGUUCACAUGUUAAAUAAUAUUAGUGGUCUUGAUUUAAUAGAGAGAAUGGACUCCGGAAGUGGUUAUUUCAGGGCAUUUCGAUGCCGUGCAAGAUGUGAUGUGGGAUCCAGAAGGAGAAUUCAUCAUCUCUGUUGGUUCUGACCAAACUACAAGAAUCUUUGCUCCGUGGAAAAGGGAGAACGAAACAGAGGUAUUUAUUUAUUUUAUCUUUUCUACAAGCUUGCGAAAUCAUCUGUAAGUCAAUAGGUCACAAAAUGUGAAACUUGAACAAUGGCUCGUCUCUAAUUUCUCAAAAACCAUUUGCGCUGUACACUGAUCUGUAGUUUGCUACUAUGAUAUUACAAUAUUGCGGAUGUCUAAAAAUGUCCAGUUCUUGCACUAAAAGGAGCAAUUCAAAAAUUAUAUCUUGCUUUUUGCAGACUUCCUGCUAAUUGUGUCAUUGUUUAUGCAGCAUCCCCUUGCUCUACAGUGGUACCUCGCAAGACGAAUGCCUCGCAAGACGGAAAACUCUCAAAACGAAAGGGUUUUUGGUUUUUUGAGUUGCUUCGCAAGACGAAUUAAUUUCGUCUUGCGAGGCACCACUGUAUUCUGUUUCCUUUAGAGGAAUAAAAUAUAUUAAAGAGAAAUUUUAGAACCAGUAAGUGGAGGGAGUUAGACUUGACUUGGGGAUACCUGUUCAACUUUCGGCAGAGAUGCUUUCCUGCAGCCUUGAUAAAAAUUACAGCAAUCUUUUCUCCAUUGCGCAUAAGUGUGAAGAGAUCCCUAGCAUUUCCAGCGAGGAUUAAGUCGAGGGCAAGGAUGCUGUUUCUGGGGAAUGGGCUGAAUGUCCAUUUUGAGCAAAAUUGACUACUUAGAAUGGACUGAGGCUAAAUGUUCUCAAUUCUUCAGUGCUUCUUUCCUAUAGCUGACAAUACCGGCACAUACUUACAUGUCAGUGGUCCCUUUACUAGGCAUCAUGGCAUGAAAUAGCAAGACCCCAGGUCCAUGGAUAUGACAUGCAGUGUUUAGCAAUGACCGGCCGAUUUCAGUUUGUGUCUGGAGCAGAUGAGAAGGUGCUUCGAGUAUUUACUGCACCCAGGAAUUUUAUGGAAAACUUCAGCAGCAUUUCUGGUAUAUCUCUGGAGGAACUAAAUAGUGGAGUAAGUGUGUUUUUACUUUCUUUUAAAGUGUGUGAGCUCUUACUGGAGAUCUUCACUAUGCGAAUUGUUUAGAGCCGAGCUACGGUUCCUCCUUUGAGUCUUUGAGAAAUGCAGACUAAAAGACACAAGGCCUGGAACUACGGUAGUUGGCUCACAGGGGAGCCAAAAUUGUGUUGGUACUUUCACCUUACCUAUAAAGUUGAAGCAUGUAGUUUUAAGUUUUAACAGUUUCGGAUUGGUAUUUUCCUAGUAAUUGGAAUAUAUUGGGCAUUAUGUAUUACCAAGCUUGAGUUUUUACAUCAUGAAAGGUCAGGCUGAAAGUACACUAAAGAAGGACCAUCAAGAAAUUUCAAAGCUUAUAUGAGUAACUCCCCCCACCCACCCAAGGAAAGCAAAUACGCAGCUAACUUCUACAUAACUUUUUCUUUUUUCUCUUUAGCAAAUGAUUGAUCUUCCAGAAGGAGCUACUGUGCCAGCCUUGGGGCUGUCCAAUAAGGCUGUCUUUCAAGGUAAGAGUUGUGUGUUGUUUGUGUGAUUUGCAAAUCAUUCUCUAGCUACACCUGUGUGUGUGUGUAUAUACACACAUAUAUACAUAUAUACUCGUAUGUGACUAAUAAAAUGUUUGUGUGUGUGUUGUUUUUAAUAAGAUUUGUGUUGUUUAGAUUGAUGAGAGGGGAGGCACUAGGUGGCUGGUCCUUAUUUAGCCUUGGUUUGAAUUCUGGGAAGUUGCUAAUUCUAGCCUAGCCGUUUGGAGGAAUUUGGAAACAUUUCCUUUCUGGGAUCAGAUAGUAGCCGGUGGGAAAGAGUUUUAAGACAUUGGAGACUAGUUGCUGGCACUCAGAGGACAAGAUAAUAUUGAGCUAGAUGGACAAAUAUUCUGAUAGGGUGUAAGGUAGCUUCAAAAAACCAGGAAUUAACUGGCUCUUGUCUCUAAAGAGAUAUUAUGAUUGAAGCUAUUUUGUCAACAAAAACGACACUGGAAGAGCAGUCCUAACCUUUGUCCAGGCAGCAGUGGUCCAAGACAGAGUGACAUAGCCACCGCUGCUUCUGCAAUCCCACCACUCAUGCCAGCGGGGGUAGAAGCUGGGGGGUGUAUGGGGUGAGCAGACAGAACACUGCUACACUCUAUGUUAGCCUGGAGUCAAGUAACUGUAGUUGGGCUGGCUCUGGAUCCUAGGCUGGUUAGGCUCCCCUCUGCCUGCUCCUGGAAUGCCCUGUUUGGGGGGCUUUCAGUGGGCUACCUCUGGCGGAAGUCCUCCUGGCUGUAUGUUUGGUAAGAUGAACGGGGAGGUGUGACACUGCUGUGAUUUUGUGGCAAAGACCGGCAGCGCUGUUUUGGGCUGGGCAGAGGGAGCCCUCUGCUUCAUCUUGUACAACGCCCCCCCCCCCCAGCAUGCUAGAUAGGGUUUUUAGAUUGCAGUCCUUAUCCCAGUAUAUCGCUUCUUUCUGUUAGGACAUUUGUCAGUUACCCAGUACAGUGGUACCUCGGGAUAAGAACUUAAUUCGUUCCGGAGGUCCAUUCUUAACCUGAAACUGUUCUUAACCUGAAGCACCACUUUAGCUAAUGGGGCCUCCUGCUGCUGCCGUGCCACUGGAGCACGAUUUCUGUUCUCAUCCUGAAGCAAAGUUCUUAACCCGAGGUACUAUUUCUGGGUUAGCGGAGUCUGUAACCUGAAGCGUAUGUAACCCGAAGUACCACUGUACUGUGAUAAAGCCUAUGCAUAGUCUGCUGUGUUGUACCAGAAUUCAUGAGCUGUUGUCCCUAAGUCCUUUCAAGAAUUCAUUUUCUGCAGUUAAAUUACUGCCGUUAUUUCAGUGCAUAGCCCACCCUGCUGUUGGUGUCAAGAUGGCAGGAGAUGUACCUGGAAGUCUUGGGUGCUGUAUGUUCCCAUGUUGUUCAGAUCUGGUAACAUACGUUUCCCUGAAAACUUAAUCGGAUGCCACUGGUUAAAGUCUCCGAAUGCCACGCUUCAUGGCUCACACCCAUACUUGAUGGCUGGGUAAAAUUAUUCGAUAGAGUGUAUAUUUUAAGCUUUCCCUUUUUUCGAACAAAUCUUCUUGAUUAAUAAAUUUAGUGCAGUUGUUAUGAAAUUGCAAACUUCAUUUCCUACAGAAGUCGGUUGAGGGAGCUCAAAUUGGCAGGGGUAUCUAACAAAAGCAAAACCAAAAAUUUGAUGGCAUCUGGAGACUAAAUUCUGUAGGUGAUGGCCUACUUUGCCAAAUGCUGAGUUGCAGCUGGGAAAAGUAUAAGGCAGUAAAGUCUGUAGAAAGCUGACCAAGAAGAUGAGUUAUGGGGUGAGCUCAGGAGAACGCCAUACCAGCUUCUUUCAGCUUUCUCUAGGUCCUGCCUGGAGUUAUGUCAUGAGGCCCAAAUAGUUUACCUUGCAUUGUAAAAUUUGCUAAACUUUCUAACAUAAUUGGAUUAUGGACCAAAUAUUCUUUUACAUAAUUUAAGCUGAAAACAGAAUUGUUCUUUUCUGUUCAGUAUUUUGUUAACCAUUCUUUGAUUGGCAUGCUACUUUCGGACUCUAAAAUAUGCCUCUUUUACAGCUGAAGAUACUGCAGCCCAGACAACUGAAGAAGAAGAAAAACUUAGUAACGCUUCCAGUCAGUAUCAUGAAAAUUACUUUCAGCCAUGUAGUCUUACAGGUAUGCAACAUGUUAAAAUGCUGUGUUUGGGAAUUUUGUUAUGUAAAUUAAGGGAGCAGAUGAAAGGGAAGGGGGGCAGUAUGAGGAAAAAAACCUCUUGGUUCUAAACCAAUUAAUAUCUUCCAGAACCUCCCACAGAAGAUCAUCUCUUGCAGAACACGUUAUGGCCUGAAACACAAAAGUUGUAAGUUGCUUUGUUUAUCAGAUGAGAAAUAAACUGAAAAAAUAUGGGAAAAGGUUUUAACUCAUUUGUUUAAAGUCAACUUCCCAUGAGUUGUCCUCAUUUCCUCAUUAAACUUGGAGUUGUUCUGGGCUAAAUGUGGGCCAAAUGAAUGAAUGGCAUUUAUUAAAAACCACAAUCCUAUUCUUUAUUGAGGUAGCUCAGAAUAGCAUGCAAAAUCAUCUUUCAUCUUAUUCCCACAACAGCCUUGAAUGGGUGGGGAUUGAACCUGGGUCUUUAGCCAGGUUUGAAGAUACUUAGUAAGAACGUUUAGCAUCUAAUGUAUAUGUUAUGUAUGUAUUUGAUUUUAUGUCCUAUCCCAUCCAAAAGGCUUGGGGCAAGUUACAGUAUGCGAAUUACUCUGCCCUAUCAAUUAGCUGCUUGACAGUCAAUUUGAAUUUAAAAAAGGCCGGAUGAUGCUUCUGGAAGACCUACUGGCCUAGGCUUUGGCAAGUUUUUGUUGAAUUCUUUGCAACCUUUUCAAAACCCCAUAAGCAGCUGUUGUUGUUAUUUAGUAGUAGUAGUAGUAGUAGUAGUAGUAGUAGUAGUAAAGAUAAGGUAAAGGGACCCCUGACCAUUAGGUCCAGUCGUGGCCAACUCUGGGGUUGCGUCGCUCAUCUCUCUUUACUGGCCGAGGGAGCCAGCGUACAGCUUCCGAGUCUUGUGGCUAGCAUGACUAAGCCGCUUUUGGUGAACCAGAGCAGCGCACGGAAACGCCGUUUAGCUUCCAACCAGAGUGGUACCUAUUUAUCUACUUGAAGUUUGACGUUCUUUCGAACUGCUAGGUUGGCAGGAGCAGGGACCGAGCAAUGGGAGCUCACGCCGUUGCAGGGAUUCGAACCGCCGACCUUCUGAUCGGCAAGUCCUAGGCUCUGUGGUUUAACCCACAGCGCCACCCACGUCCCUAGUAGUAGUAGUAGUGAUUUUUUUUAUUAUGCUUCUGUUAUUAAUAUAAUCUGGGCAAUGGGAACGGAGACUGAGAGAGAGUGGCUUCCUGAAGGGUGUAGGUUCCUAACUAAUAAGAGUUAGUGGCUGAGAUAAGACUUGAACCUGUGACCUUCUGGCUUACUAAUGGCAUUUUAGCUGCUAUACUAUAUCACUUGGUAAACAUGGAGCAGUAGCUUUACUGAUCCUGAGUAUAGCUCCCUCCUGAAACAGAGAAACAAACAAUAGACGAAUGAGUGGCUGCUCUCCUUAAACAAGUGCUUUUAGGAGCUAGAGGGCAACCCAGAGGCAACUCUGUGUUCAGUGAAGGAGUUGCUGAGUUGCAUCAAAUAUGUGUGCAUUUGAGCAGAGGUCAGGAGAUAGAUUUUUGCCUUUAGAUUCAGCGAGGUCUGCUGUCCUGGAACAAUUCCCAGGGAGGCUGUUUUCCCCUCUGUUUUUCUUUUCUCGCUGCAGUUGCCUUAAAGGCGCUUUAAAUUGUGGCAGCUCUCUUUGCAAAGUGUGCCAGUUUUUCACAGUCUCUCAUUCUUGGCAGGCUGGAGGUGGCAGAGGUACCAUGAUUCCAAGCAAUUUGGCUUUCUGCUGAAUCUGAGCAGGGAAUCCUGGAAAUAUUCUCAGGGCCGGGAGGGAAAUCCUUGCAUGGUUUGCCAAGACCAUUUGCCAGAGCCCUGUCCACAGGCCUGCACGCCUUGUGACCCACUAAGCAGAAUGCAGCCCGUAGGCCAUGUAUUGCCAGCUGCCGGAUGUAGUUUUUGUAGCCACAAGCGAACAGCAAAAACAAAGCAAUUUGAAAUCAGCAGUAUGACCAGCUUUACAUGGAUGGGUUUUAGAGUUUUAUAAAACUCUCCCUCUGGCUCAGUGUUAGGGGCAGCGGCAGGGGGAAGAAGCUUGUUGCAUGUUUUUGGUGGAGGGAAGGUAGUAGCUCAGUCUGCUUCUUAGAACGGUGUGAAGAGGUGUCAGUCAUUCACUCAACCAUAUGGCCUUCAGUGGAAGAUGUUGGGCCAAGCCAAAAACCCGGUUAUGUUGGAGGAUGGCAUUUUCCCUCUGGACGUGAAGCACAGGGUCUUGAAAGCUUCGCCUCUUCUGGGGAGGAGUAGUAGUCCUACCCUCCAAAUCUUCCCUGCCUCCUGAUGGGGUAAAGGUAAAGGUACCCCUGACCGUUAAGUCCAGUCGCGGACGACUCUGGGGUUGCGGCACUCAUCUCGCUUUACUGGCCGAGGGAGCCGACAUUUGUCUGCAGACAGUUUUUCCGGGUCAUGUGGUCAGCAUGACUAAGCCGCUUCUGGCGAAACCAGAGCAGCGCACAGAAACGCCGUUUACCUUCCCACUGGAGCGGUACCUAUUUAUCUUCUUGCACUUUGAUGUGCUUUCGAACUGCUAGGUGGGCAGGAGCAGGAAUCGAACAACGGGAGCUCACCUUGUCGCGGGGAUUCGAACUGCCAACCUUCUGAUCAGCAAGCCCUAGGCUCUGUGGUUUAGACCACAGCGCCACCCACAUCCCCAUGAUGGAUUAGGUUCAGUCUUUUGUUCCUUAGGAGAAAAGGCUUCCAGUGCGGUACUUUUAACUGCUCUACAGUUAAAAAGAGGAAUAAAAACAAUUCCUCUUGUGUUAUCCACUCUGUUGUCCACCCUGUUUAACUCCCCACCAUUUUCUGGGACAGUUGGCUGGGAUUUGGAGGGUCCUCAUUCACUCUUGUUUCUCCCUGGGGUGGGCAGAUUGGCAUGGGGAACUACAUUUUGACAGUUCCUCUAUUUUAUGAACUCAGUGUUCACUACUUCUUUUCCGUUUGUAAUGAGAGAGAGUUAUUUAUUUUUGGUUGUGGGUGUAGAUGGGAUGUGUCGCUCUGCUCAAGAUCCUGAGGACGUCAUCCUAUCUAGAGACUGUCCUCGCAACACAAUCAGUAAAUAGAAAUUCACAGUAAGAACCAAUUUCCUUUCUCUCUCUAAGCCUAACUAGGGUGGUUGUUACUGCACCUCACCCUUGCCUGCAAAUUCUUUUGUUGAAGGUCAGUAUAAUAGGUAACCAAUAACCAAGUAACCGAAAACACUUAGUAAAUAAAUAACUUUUAAAGGCACAUAAGUGCUGUCAUUGUAUUUGGAGGAAAGGGAGCAGCAGGAUUUUUUUUUUAAGGGAAGUUCUUUUAAAUCUGUAGUAAUCUUAGUAGGUGAACUCUCAUAAACUCAGGAGAGAGACUCUUUGCUAGCUGGCUAAAGGUGCUCUGAGAGGACAAUUGUUACAUUCGGCUGCAAGCUCAUUAUUGAGAGAAUGGCAAGAGGAACAGGUAGCAGCACUGGUGAAUCCCCAGUGAAGUCGUCUGCUCACCAUAGGUUUUUCUUAAAGGAAAGAGAAUUAUUUCUCUAACCAAGGCUGUACUUUAGCAAAGAGCACACCAAACAGAUGUUUUGUUGGAUCAAGAUGCAGAUACCAUCCGUGUGUGUGUGUGUGUGUGUGUGUGUGUGUGUGUGUCUAGUCCGUUUAUAAGUCUGCCCCAUUUAAGAGCAGUGAUCCCAGUGUGAGUUACACUUAAAAACAACCAUAAAAUCAAUUAAAUACAAUAUAACAAAUAUCUGGAGUCUUAUUUCAUCUAAUGUUUGAUUCAUGUAACUUUGCAUCUGAUUAGAGAUAUGAAACAUCUUCAGUACUGAGAAAAUUGCUGAUUAUGUCUCACGAUCCAUUUGUCUGAUGUGUAAAUAGAAAAAUGUUAUUAUAAUAAUUAUGAGUGUGGAGGCAGCCUGAUCUACAGAUUAAUGCAUUGAACUUUAGACCCAAAUUUUCAAAUUCUGGCUUGUUUCUGGACUUGCUGCUUUGCCUUGGACAAUUCUUAUAUACCUCAUCAUCAAACUUGACUCGUGUUUGUGGAGGGACGUGUGUGUGUGUGUGUGUGUGUGUGUGUGCUUCUCCUCUCCAUCACACAAAUAACAUAAUUUAUAUAUAAUUAAGUUACAUUAAUUUAGAAAAAAUAUAUAACAAAAAAUGGUAGGGAUCAUCUGGCCCAUGAGGCUGUUCCCCACAAACUUUCACACCUGAGCACAUAUGGGAUGGCAGGUAUAGCUCAAGUAUGGCUGUAGCUAUUAAGUGAGCUCCCAAUUGUUGUUGUUGUUGUUGUUGUUUUGGCAAGUGGAGUUCCCUGUAAGAAAAGCAAAUGCUCUGUUUGCAGGAAAUGGUUUGUAUCCAAAUGUUUCCUACAAAUGAACUUAGAGAGGGAACUCCAUGGAACCUCUCAAUAGGUGCUGGAAGUGCCUUCAAGGUCACUGUAACUUCCGAUUAGCUGAUUGGAGGUUACAGCAAGCCCCUUUGGCAAUCACCUGUUGUUGUUGUUGAAUUAUUGAAUUUAUAUACCACCCUAUACCCAGGGGUCUCAGGGCAGUUCACAGAAUAAAAUCAAUAUAUAAAACCACGAAAUACCUAAUAAAAAUAUAAACAACAACCCAACCCCCCCACUCAGUUUUUUAAAAAAGGGCAUAGGAUGUAAAUUGGAUCAACCAAAGGCCUGGUUAAAAAGGAACAUUUUUGUCUGGCACCUAAAGGUGUAUAUUGAAGGCACCAGGCGAACUUUCCUGGGGAGAGCAUUCCACAGACAGGGAGCCACUGCAGAGAAGGCCCGUUCUCGUGUUGCCACUCUCCGAACCUCUCGAGGAGGAGACACAUGAAGGAGGGCCUCAGAAGAUGAUUUCAGGGUCUGGGUAGGUUCAUAUGGAAAGAAGCGGUCCUUGAGGUAUUGUGGCCCUUUUAUGAAGUUGGGUGGAUGUCAUGUAGCGGUCCCUCCCACCUGUCAAAGUUGGCCCAUGGCAUGGGGAAAUGAAAGGAUCAGGCCUACCAAGCUGGAACUGGUUCUCCCCAUCUGGUGCGAAGUUAAAAUGCUAGUCUGUGCUAACCAUGAUUAAGAAUUCAUACCAUAGUACAACAACAAACUGUGAUCCAAGAUCUGCUUGCCUACUUUCGUUUCCCAUCUGCUCUUUUUAUAAGUUCAGAACUAUUGCCAUAGUAUAGCAGAUCUUUGAGGUGGAUCAAUUGCCCAGACCGUGGCUUGUGAGGUCCUACGAAACAGCAAGCAGCUGUUUCCAAAUGUUACGUUUUACAAACCAGCUUCAAACUGUGGUUUAUUGGCCCUAAACAAACCACAGUUUGGGUACAGACAUUAAAGCAAGUUUUGAUUUAGCUAAACAAUGCAUGGCUUUGCUUUAUAUCAGAACCCAGUCUAGGUUCAAAUGUUCAAAGGCAUGCAAAAAGGAUCACCGGCCCAAUGAAGAGUAUGAUUUAGGCCGUGGCAUUUCCUAUUAAUAAGAUGAAGUUCCUCAAACCUACUAGGGAAGACUUUUUCCAAGACUGAGUUCUACAGCAUCUUUUUUUUUUUUUUUUUUUGUAGAAAGCAAUGUAUUUUGACAGGAGAUAAAGAAAAUAUUGUCGGUUCCCAAUUGUAUUUGUGCAGUAUUAAUCUUGAAAGAAGCAAUGUGAAAUAAUAGAAAAUGUAGGUUUAAUGUUGCCAUAGCAGCAAGAAAAACAGGAACCGGCUUGCUAAAAAUAGACCAUUUGGCAGUUGCAUUUCUGUGUGAAAUACUGUCACCUCAGCUUUAGAUUUCAGAAUAAAUUUUUAACUUUGAUAAAUAUUUAAGGAGAUAAUUGUGCAUAGGAGUCUACUGAAGUGUUCCAUUGCAAAGAUUACAUUUUAUAGUUCAAUAAUAGUACGGUUGAACUUUAAAAUAAUUACAGGAAUAAUCAGGCAACAUACUAAAACUUGCAGUGUCUAGCUUCAUGCAAAAUGCGUUUGCUUUUUUACCUCACAUUUGUUGGGCUGGUCUUCCUACAGGGUGAAUAAAGGUGAUAACUCAAGGUUUUGCAGACCAUUCUGCUGUGGGAUCUUCAUAGACCCCGUGUGGUUGCUGAGGCCUCUUCAAGUGACCUGCCACUAAUAGCUGAUUUAUAAAGAAAUGAUUAGGGAAUAAUAAUAAUAAUUUAUUAUUUAUACCCUGCCCAUCUGGCUGGGUUUCCCCAGCGACUCUGGUCGGCUCCCAGCCGAAUAUUAAAAACACAAAGCAGCAUUAAACAUUAAAAACUUCCCUAAACAGGGCUGCCUUCAGGUGUCUUUUAAAAGUAAAAUAGUUGCUUAUUGCCAUGACUUCUGCUGGGAGGGUGUUCCACAGGGCAGGCAACACUACUGAGAAGGCCCUCUACUGUUCUAUGAUGCUAAGUCAAGUCUGCCAGUUCUCCGCUUGGUGCUUACCUGCCCCUCGCCCCUCCGUCUUCUCCAGCCGACCAUUUUCUGACCCAUAUGGCUUCUUAGUUGAACGUCACAUUUGUGCUCCUUCCAAGGCCAAAUAAGAGAUCAAUUGGCAGCAGCAUCUCCUGCAUAGGAGCUCCAGGAACCUGCUUUCUGCCAAGUCAGGUUGUUGGUCAGUGUUGGUGCUGACCUUUAAAACCCUAAACGGCCUCGGUCCAGUAUACCUGAAGGAGCGUCUCCACCUCCAUCGUUCUGCCCGGACGCUGAGGUCCAGCGCCGAGGGCCUUUUGGCGGUUCCCUCGCUGCGAAAAGCUAAGUUACAGGGAACCAGGCAGAGGGCCUUCUCGGUAGUGGCACCCGUCCUGUGGAAUACCCUCCCACCAGAUGUCAAAGAGAAAAAUAACUACCAGACUUUUAGAAGACAUCUGAAGGCAGCCCUGUUUAGGGAAGCUUUUAAUGUUUAAUAGGUUAUUAUAUUUUAGUGUUUUGUUGGAAGCCGCCCAGAGUGGCUGGGGGGACCCAGCCAGAUAGGCGGGGUAUAAAUAAUAAAUAAUAAUAAUAAUAAUAAUAAUAAUAAUUGGUCCAUCGAAUUCAGUAUUGUCUACACUGCUUGGCAGCAGCUCUCCAGGGUGUCAGGAAGGGAGUCUGUCGCAGGAGAUGUUGCUGCCGAUUGAACUCGCGGUCGUCAGCAUGCAAAGCACUCCACCCUUGCUUCCUAAUCAUCUGGACAUCCUUACAUGUAGAAAAGGAAGGCGACCCUCUCGCAAGGGCUUUUCCUUCCAGCUGGAUGAUGAAGGCACAACUUGGCUUUGCAACCGCACAGGAAGGAGAGAGGAAGAACGGAGAGGCUGCAAGGUGUGUGUGUGUGCCCAGAAUAUGUUUUGGGACACUCUGAAUCAAACACACACACAUUUAGGAGAGCCUUCGCUUUGAGAUCGCAUUGAAUCUUAUCUAGCUCAAUGUUUGGGUGCAAGACAGCAGAGCUUUGAUACCUCCAAACCAGUAAUAGCCAAGUUAUAUGGAAAUGAAUAGGAACUGGGGUGUGUGUCUUCUUCUUUUCUUUGGUGAUCACUCGUAGCCAAGUAAGAUUGUCUUCCAUAAACACGGUUUUAACAAUGAGUCCCUAAGUGACUGUGGAGGCCAAUUCUGAAUCCACACGUCCUUCCACAGUGGAGACAUUGGCUUCUGGGCGGGAGUUGAUCACGGUGUGGAUUUGCCAAGUGUGCCUUCCUCUUAGCACAUUUCUCCCUUGCAUCCUGAGUUUGAGUGUCUUCAAAGCCCAUGACACCUUUGGUAAAGGCUGUUCUCCAAUUGGAGCGCUCGCAGGCCAGUGGGGUGUGUGUAUACUGCAACAAACUGUAGCCCACCAGUUUGCCUUUUUACUACCUUGGGGUCUUUGUCAUUUUAGGUAUGGACACGGCUAUGAAGUUUUUUGUGUUGCCUGCAAUAAUGCAAAAACUGUGAUCGCCUCGGCAUGUAAGGUAAGAAGAAGAAAAAAGCGGCUCUGAAAUUUCGAUCACAGUGAUCUGGGUGGCCUGAGUCACAUGAAAGAAUCCUGCCGGAUCAGACCAGAGGCCCACCAGCUAGUCUCACAAACCUGUGGCAGCAACUGGUGCUGACCGAAAGCUGCUUUGGGAGAGUGACUUCAUUGCGUGGAACUGUUCCUCUUUUUUUAAAAAAAUGAAGACAUGUAUCUUAAAUACAUCAGAUGCAUAUUAUUAAAAUUAAUGUGUGGAGAGACUCCACAGCUGCAAAUGAGUGGAUGAUUCCUCAUAUAGGCUGUUUGUUGUACAUGGGGCAUGCUGAUUAAUCAGCAAAAUCAAAAUAGGUUUUUCGAAGGACGGGGCAGACCUGGCCAUUUUAUUGUAGAAGGGAGUCCUGGGCCAACAUAUGCCGAACAUGAGCUUCUGGAAGCCAAGGACUGUAAGAAAUACAAUCAGUUCUUGCAUUGUAAUAGUAGCGGAGUCAGCCACUUGUGGUGGUGGUCAUUUUUUGAGAGUCGUUAAGGGAAGCUUUUCUGAAACACCUGCUUUGUUAUGAGGAAUUGCCCUAAUCAACCAAAUAAGUAUUUCUGGCAUUUCCGUAAUGCAAGCAAAAAGAGAGAAUCAAGUGAAGUAAAGAUUCCUGCCGAAGGACAGUUUGCAAAGUAAAUAUUUAUUCAUCCGAAAAACAUGGGUUCAGACUCACUAUUUCCCCCAGCGCUUUUUGCUACUACAUCAAGCUGGCUUUAUUUAGGAAUCUUUUUGGCCACCCUUCAUUGGCAGGCAGUCCCAGGGUGCGACAUGAUAAGACCAUUUAAAAACAUUAAAGCAAUUUAAACGGUAAUACAAAAGAAGAGUAGAUAAAUAACACCAACUGGAGCAACAAUAAAACCACUGCAAUAAUGACAUCAAGCAUCUUAAACACAAUCUUACCUGGCAAAUGUCUCUGUAAAUUGUUUAUCUGCCCUUAUGGUUUUUCAAAGCUGCUUUUGUUCAUUCUCAGUAUUUAUUCUCUCUCCUCCACCACCUCCCCCCCCUCUUUCGCAGGCUUCUAAAAAAGAACAUGCAGCCAUUAUUUUGUGGAGCACCACAACGUGGAAGCAGAUACAGAGCUUACCUUUCCACAACCUGACAGUGACACAGAUUUCCUUCUCCCCCAACGAUAAAUUCUUGUUAGCAGUUUCAAGAGACAGGCAGUGGUCACUUUGGAAGUGUAAUGACAUCAGUUCAAUGCAACCAGGUAAGCUAGCUAACAGUUGGUGUCACUGGUUGAAAACUAACAUUUCAGCUUUUUAAGGUGUGUUACGAAUGAACACACAGAUAUCCAUUUUGCGACUCUAUUUUGGUUUCUUCUUAAACUUCAUCUCCUUUUGCAAACUUAUUCUUCAUAGUUUGAUUUACAAAUCUGGCCUUCAUCAUACGGUUUCCAGGGGAGAGAACACUUGGGCCGCAGAAACUUUCAAGCUGCUGAUUCAUGGCAAGCCAUUAACCAAAUGAGGGUGGUGGAAGCUGUCUUGUUUGCUUCUUCCUGUUGGCCGUGGGUGUUUAUUGUGGAAAAGGAACUUUUGGACAAGUGUACAGUAUGUUAGUUUAUGCCCUACUCUGAUGAAAUGGCAAAAUAGUUUCCCUGCUCCUGACCAUUAUGGACUGAGCUGUGCUCAGGAAGCUGAGCAGUUGUAAAAGCUAUAGCAACCUGUCUUCUUUUUUUAGUAGCAACUCUCUUGAUAAAAUGUUGUCGGACAUUUCUCCUGUAAAUACAUGGUCCAGUAACAUUUGACUGCUGAAUCUUUGUAUCCUGUAUGUAAAGGAGUGGCAUUCCAGGAGAGUUAACACUGAAUGUUAAAGAGAACUUGUAAAUGUGCUGGAAGAAGUGGAUGUUAUGUAUUCUGUUCUACUGAACCAUCCAAAUAUGAGUAUUCCUGUUCCUGUUCUUGUGGGAUUUGGAAACGAUUGCCAAUUCUUUAACUGGUUUGUAGAUUGUGUGUGUUUGGUGAAGUCAAAUCUUCCCUAAAGAAGGCUAUUUGAAUGCAGUAGAUCAGUUUUUCAGCUGGUGGAUGCUGGUAGACACGCCCCCACCCGCAAACUCGCUAGCAGUGAUGCCACUGUAGUUGCCCAAGCAGCUUGGCUUGGGAAGGUCUCAUUUCCUUGACUGAGCAAUCUUAGUAGAUGAUCUUUCAGUGCAAACUGAGUUGCCCCAGAAGCUUCUGCAGUUAUGCAGAGGGCUGCCUUGAAUGUUCAGAACACCAGGAAGUAGGAAUGGGGUGUGUGUCUGGAUGCAGUUUGUGAGCCAUCAGUUGGCCAUCUGUACUAUAGAUUACUGUUCCCUCCUUUUAAACUUUUACCCCACCAUUUUCUGGGGCAAUGUCUGCCUGCAGAAAUAAAUCACAACGCUCUUCUGUUUCAUAAUUUGUCAUUCCAGACCCAGCUUUCAGCCUUUUUGCUUACACAAAUCAAAGCACGGCUGUGCACACUCGCAUCAUUUGGUCCUGCGACUGGACCCCCGAUAGCAAGUAUUUCAUUACAGGAAGCAGAGACAAAAAGGUAAGUGCGUAAUCAGUUGCUCCUUACCCAGCUUCACAGAGCUAAUUCACACAAAUCAAUAUUUAUUUAUUAAAAGCAUUUAUACCCCACCCUCUUCCUUAAAAAGGGUGUCCAAGGCAGUGUUCCAUCCGUGUAAUCAUUUAAAAAGUACAAAAACGUUUAAAGAAAACCAAUACUUCACUCCUAUUUGGGGCAAGAACCAAAGGAGCAUGUUCUUGUAUGUUUAUGCGGAAUGUGUCAUUAAAAUUAAUAUGCCUUUAAAAAUCCAUCCUUCAGUAAAUUUGUUUGGCAUUGAACUUGACUACAGUGGUGCCUCGCAAGACGAAAUUAAUCCGUUCCGCGAGAGUCUUCGUCUAGCGGUUUUCUCGUCUUGCGAAGCAACCCUAUUAGCGGCUUAACGGAUUAGCGCUAUUAGCGGUUUAGCGGCUAUUAAAGGCUUAAAGGCUUAGCGGAUUAGCUGCUAAAAGGCUAUUAAAGGCUAUUAAAGGCUUAGCAGGUUAGAUAAAGGGGGGGGAAGCGAAAAAAAAUCUCAAGACUUGCAAGACAUUUUCGUCUUGCGAAGCAAGCCCAUAGGGAAAUUAGUCCUGCGAAGCAACUCAAAAACGGAAAACCCUUUCGUCUAGCGGGUUUUCCGUCUUGCGAGGCAUUCGUCUUGCGGGGCACCACUGUACCUAUUUUUUAUAUAUAGGCAUAAUCUUUUACUGAAAGUCCUAAUUCAAUGCAGGUGGAAGAUGUUUGGUGUAUUAGAAAGCAGAGGAGGAAUUUUGCACAAAAUAUUUACCCAGCUGCUGUUAAUUCUAACUUGCUCAUUGUUAGUAAGUAUAGGACUGAAGCAAGAUCUUGCAUGUUAGCUUAGAAAGGUAAUAGUUUUAUGCAGUAGGAAGUCUCUUAUUCUGCGUACUAUGAUGGGGCAAGAACCUGCUUAAGGCAUUUAUUUUGAAAAAGAUGAAGCCAGAAUUCAGGCAGUGUGUACUUCAAUCAAUCAAUCAAUCAAUCAAUAAAAUGUUGUAUACCUAAGCACUUCAAAUUAUGUGCUAAGUAAUUAGAAAUUUAUGCUAUCUGUGGAUUCUGCAAAUUGAAAAAUUAGCCUAAAUUACCUUAUUUCAAAUAAUUUAUUAUGAGAACAGGUGCGGUAGUGGUUAGAGUGUUGGACUGAGCCUAGGAAGAAAUCUGCACUGAAUCUCACUUGUUCACCUUGUGCCAGUCAUUCUCUCUUGACCUAACCCAUGUCACAGGGUUGUUGUGGGAAUAAAAUGGGGGGGGGGGGAGAAAAAGAGAUGAAAUUCUCUGGAAGCUGAAUUCUGUGCUCCAUAGCACAUAUUGUGGGUUUUCCAAGCUCCUACAGAAGUGUAGCCAUGCAUAGAGUCUCGCCCAGAUCCUAAGAACUUGGUAAUCAUUUUAGUUUCAUAUCUGUGCAUAUGGUGGUCUUCUGUGAUAAUUUAGUACAGUGCCAUCAGUAUAUAUAAAGCUUUCACAGUAUAAGUGACAGAAAAUCACUGUUCCUUGUUAUAAGGAGCUUAUAGUCUAAGGUUUGUCAGUGGAGAGGGAGCACAGAGGAAGAUCAGGGAUGAAAGAUGCAAGGAUAACAGAAGAUAAAUGUGAGCAACUGUAGUUCUACAUACUCUGAUUUCAUGGUAGUUGGGAAUGAAAAGUGAGUGGUGGUUGUCUAUAAUCAAAUUUUUAAUGUGCAAAAUGUAUUUUUUUUAUGGUAACGACUCUGUUUCUUAUGCCUCUUCACGUAUUGUUAGGUUCUGUUUUGCAGUCCUGGCUUAGAGUGGCUUUUGCCUUGCUGCUAACAAAGUGAACAAGAGCUUUAGAUCUUGCCUUAUUUAUGUACCACUGGCUAUAAUAAGCUAUUUUGUAAAUUCCCACCUUCACAUGGGGAAAAAAACCUUCCAUCGCCUUCGUUGUUAUCCUUUCUUAAGCCCCCAUACAGGUUAUUUUCUAUUUUUUUGCAAUAUCCUUUCUUUGCUGGUGGCGAGCAGCCCAGCAAAUAAGGUUUUCCAGAUAAUCCUUAUCAGUUAAUCCAUGUUUUUUGUACAGCAGUAGAACUUACUAUGUGUUUGUACACUGUUUGCUAACCAGCAGUGGCUUUCCCAGAGCCUAAGCCUCUGCUGUAAAACUAAUUUCCAUAAAGUGCCUUGGAUUAUUAUUUUUAAUCACCCCUGUAAACAUUUCAGAAUUGCUGUGAGCAAAGUUGGGAGUGCCUUCUUCUUUCUCCUAACUUCAGAUUCCUCCAGAAGCUCCCACACGCUUCACUUUUCAGUAUGGCAAAAAAAGUCAACAUAUGAUUAUUGCUUACUGGACUGCUGCAACUUUAAGACAGUGAUCAGUUUUACAUUUGACCAGCACAAGCUCCGCCUUUGAACACUUCUGAAACUGCAGUAGCCAAUCUCUGAAGUCAUUGGACAAUUCCAAGGAUGGGCUUAGGCCUAGCAGGAAGAAGAGUGAAAUCACUUCUCCUGCACAGAGUCGUGUUCUGUGUGUAAAACACACACACACACAGAGAGAGAGAGAGAGAGAGAGAGAGAGAUUUGCCUUUAUGGUUAGUUUUAUUAUUUGUAUGGGUUUAUAUCCUUUUGUAUCCCUUGAACUCAGGGUGGCUAACAGUUUUUCAAUAGCAUAUGUAGGUCUGUAUUCUUUGGAGGGCUUGCAAACCUGGACCCCAGUCAAGAGAAGAGGUGGGGAGAAAAACAGGAUUUUCACGUACAGUGGUGCCUCGCAAGACGAAAUUAAUUUGUUCCGUGAGUUUUUUCGUCUUGCGGUUUUUUUCGUCUUGCGAAGCACGGUGUCGGGAAAGUUUUGGAAAAGCUUCAAAAAUCACCAAAGUCUUCAAAAACCUCAAAAAAGGCUACCACAUCCCGUGCUAUGAGUUGCUCCUCGAAGUCAAGUCACAACUGUAUUAACGGUUUUAAGAAAAAGGAAACAAACUUGCAAGACGUUUCCGUCUUGCGAAGCAAGCCCAUAGGGAAAAUCGUCUUGCGAAGCAACUCAAAAAACCAAAAACCCUUUCGUUUUGCGAGUUUUCCGUCUUGCGAGGCAUUCGUCUUGCGAGGUACCACUGUACUAAAUUCAUCCCCAAACAUUUUCCAUGCAUGGAGAACAGUUAGUUUCUCGCAGCAUUGGGAAGAAGCACUACAGGGGUGGAAACUCCCACCUGAUCCAAGUGUGUAGUCCUCACUGUCUCAUUGGCUGAUACUCUGCUACUUGCACUUGAAAUAGGUUGUUAUUUGGGGCGAAUGUUGUUCAGCAGAGGAGAAUAAAGAAAACGACCCUGGUGAGAUCCAGCCUUGUUCGCCAGUCCUGGAUGUUGGGGACUCUGUCACGGCCCUUAGUGCUAGUUAUCUGCUUGCUCCUGAUGGGAGGUAUGUUGCCCUUGAGUCCUUGAAGAAGAAGCCAUGUGCUCAGAAGCCGAACGUUCGUGGCAAUUGAUUCCCUGAAACAGAGCCACUACUAGUGGCUUUAGUGGCCUGUGUUUAAUUUGCCUUGUCGUAUUUCUAACUCUUAUUCAGACAGUCACUGGUUCUACCUGCCUCUACCCCUUCUAGGUGUUGCUCUACAUAGGAUGUACGUUGUAAUAUCCACAGGCUCGAUUAACAAGUCUUAAAAUGGGGGAAGGCUUAAAAAUUGCUUGUAUGUGGCACUGUGGGUUAAACCACAGAGCCUUAGGACUUGCUGAUCAGAAGGUCGGCGGUUCGAAUCCCCACGACGGGGUGAGCUCCCGUUGCUUGGUCCCUGCUCCUGCCAACCUAGCAGUUCGAAAACACGUUAAAGUGCAAGUAGAUCAAUAGGUACCGCUCCGGCGGGAAGGUAAACGGCAUUUCCGUGUGCUGCUCUGGUUCACCAGAAGCGGCUUAGUCACGCUGCCGGCUCCCUCGGCCAGUAAAGCGAGAUGAGCGCUGCAACCCCAGAGUCGGCCACGACUGGACCUAAUGGUCAGGGGUCCCUUUACCUUUAUGUGCAGUUUAGAUGUGAUGUCCAAUAUGUGGUGGUUGAGCUGGGAUUAUCAGCUUUCAGAGAGUUGGAAGGAAUCCUGAGGGUCGUCUAGCCCAACCGCCUGCAAUUCAGGAAUCACAGCUAAAGCAUCCCUGACAGAUGGCCAUCCAAGCUGUGCUUAAAAACCUCCGAGGAAGGAGAGUCCACAGUCUACUGAGGGAGACCAUUCCGUUGUGGAACCGCUCUUCCUGCCAGAAAGUUCUUCCUGAUGUUUAGUCAGAAUCUCCUUUCUUGUAACUUGAAGCCAGUGGUUCGGGCCUUACGCUCUGGAGCAGGAGAAAACAAGCUUGCUGAUUGGGUAAUGAGCUUUAAUUACUGACAGAACUGUCCUUUUUCUAUAGCUAUAUUGUUGCAAUAGGCACAGAAAGUGGGAAGAUUCACUUGUAUAAAUGGAAACCAAGCGACAAGAGGCUGCCUCUUUCGGACUGGACCAAAUGUGCUGAAACAGACAACAGGUAACCCUAUCCCAAACCUCUUGUGGUCUCAAAGCAAGUAUACAGAAAGCCACUAUUUCACAGAUGCCUUAGCAUUUGGCUGUGUGAGGGUUCUUGCAUUGGUUCUGUGAGGCCCCUUUGGCACCUGUUAUAAUGAUGCCUUAAGGGACCUGCAUUUGUAGAAACCCUUAUUUAUAGAGCUGUUGCAGCAUAGCUGCUAGAAAUGUGAGCUGGGAAUUCUCUGCUUCAGAUUUGCCCCCAGCCAGUAGCUGAAUUUUAAUUGUGGUGAGCCAUGAUAUCGUAGCAGCAAGAUGUGCACUGGAGGGGAUGCAGGAGCAAGGUGAAAAUGUUGUGGAUGCUUGUGUCAGUGUAUGGUUGCUGUGGUCCUUUCUCUGCUUCUUUUUCAAGAACUGCUUAAUUUCAGAAAGUGUUGCACAAGAGCUCUUCCAGACCCUGUUGCUCUGGGGAGUGCCAGUAAAUGAGUCAAACCAUUUCUGUUGUUCCUAAACUUGUUCUGAUUUGAUUCUGGUUCAGCUCAGUAAAGGUUUGUUAGCAGCUUCAGAUGAAUGUCAUAUAAUACUGAAUUCUCUGUGUGAUAAGGCUAAAGGUCUCUGCGAUAUUUUUAUCAUUAUUAUCAAUACAUUCUGCCUUUCACUGCAGUUCCCAGGCAGCCAUCCCUCAAGCCCUGUGGCCAGAACCAGAGCUGCUUAGAUUCAGGCCAUACGCUGACCAUACACUAUCACAAUGGUCUUGCUCACUGUGUUACAUAUGCAAUUCCCAGUCCAUGCUUUUCGACUCAUAGCUGAUCCCAGAGAUCAGCUUCCCCUGUACAUCCUUGCACUCGGUUCAUUUUCCUGUAGUGAGAGGGAAGACAGUACAGCACAGGUGGAAUUCUUCUGUGUAGUGCAUGAAAAAAAUAUCCUUCCCUCCUUCUUUCACUGCACUGUUAUCAUCAAGGGCGGUUGCAGAAUUAUAGCAGCAAAUGUCCUCUGUUCUGCCUAUUUCGUUUCUCAGCCCUGGAAGAGGGCAGAGUGUUAGCAAUACUUGGCCUUUAUAUAGUACUUUCAGAGCACUGCACAUUACAUUAUCUGGUUGUAAUCCUUUCAGUAACCUUGUAAAAUGGGUCAUCUUUCUGACAAUAUUACAGUUUGAGUGGUAGGAGGCUAGUAGCUGUGAACCAAGGACUCCCUGAUUUGUAGCCCCAGUCUCUUACUGUAGCUCUUAUAUUAGAAGCUUUAGCCCAUAUAUAGAAUUCAGUUGCCAUUCUUGUUGUGCAUGUAUCCCCAUAUCACACCUUUUAAAAAAUUAUACCCAUAUUUGGAACUAGCAACCUGAAUUUCAAUUCAGAUACAACUAAGCCUCAGAUAAAAGAUGGAACCAAACUCAGUUUAGCUCUGGAAUCAGUUACUACAAUUGUUUGCAGCUAUAUGCAUACUGGGUUAAGCCUUUCCAAAUCAGAUGCAAAUAACUUGAUGUGCUUGCGUGUGCAAGCUGAACUUUAAAGACCUCAAUGGGACAUUUAGAAAUGCAUAUAGGGUGAAUUUUUAAAAGCUUGGAGGGAGGAAUAUAUAGUUGGAGUCAGUUUUAUUUCUAUAAUACAUGUUCUGCCACAUUUGUGCUCAAAGCAAUUCACAGACAAUAAUUUUUUAAAAUAAAAUAAUGCAAUACUUAAUAAGAAUUAUAGUAUCACUACUGCAUGAACAAUGAAUAGAGGAGGCACAUCCAUGCUGAUUUCAAGUUCUGUGCCUUUUGGGAUCUGGCUUGUUAAGGCCCCAUGAGACCAUGAAUGUUUGAAUCUCUCACUAUGCCAUUAACUUUUCCAUUUAUCUAGAUUGGCCCAAAGGGCUUACUAAUGUACCAGCAGCAUCUGUUCGCCCUUCAGAUGGUUUGCCCGGCUCCACAUAACAUCUCUCACACAGUCCAGAGCCCUCUGGGACAUCUAUUGCCAGCACAGUAGCUAGAUAAGACUUUACACAGUUCUGUUGGCAUACCUUGACUUCUGUAUGUCUUGUUUGUUUCACCAGUCUUUACAUUUAUUAAGAGUUCAGUGUUGCAAAUUGUCAGCUGUAGCUACUUAAUUCUUGAACAAGUUUACCUGCUCUAGUGCCAACAGAAGGAGAUUGAAUUGGAGCUAAUAUUUGCUUUUAUUUGAGUUGUUUACUCUGCGGAAGAACAUGUCUAUAGUUCAAAAAGCAUUGGGAAACGUGAAUAUUAGUUGGGCAAUUAACAUUUUCCACACUUGCUUCUGAUUGCAGUUGUUUGCGCACCCGGAUUUUGCCUUUCGAUGCGGCGGCUAAUCAUAGUUCAGUGGUUAGGAUUGCCCCUACAAACUUAUGGGUCAAUUACAUCAUCCCGCCCUGAUUUUUGUUAAUAAUAUAAUUUGCUGAGAUAAGCAUAUUGGUAGCCUAUUGGUUGCCCAGAACUCAUAAUAUGAACCCAUGGUUUGUUUAUAAACUUUGGUUUGGAAGUAAGGCAUUAACGACAGGUUGCCAAUGUGGAUGUCAUGGUAAACUGUGAUUAGUGAAAACUAGAAGUGAAAAUUAAUUGGGGGGGGGGAUCCACACCCUAAAAGGGGGAGAAGGUAAUUUGUGAAACAAGGCUGGAGUGAGUGAGCACAUGGGACUAUCAACCCAUGGUUUGGCAACUUUUCCCUUGAGCUGCUGUACUCUCUGACACUUGCUUCUCUUUAAACUUUCUAAGUGAUGUGUUUUGUAACUUUUUGUUAAGAAGCUUGCAUGGCUAAUGGCAACGUUUGACCUGAAAUUACAGCGGAAAUAGGUGUAUUUCUGUUUGAAUAAUUUAUGGGAUGAAGCGGAGAAAUGCCACUUGAACUCAGAAUAGCUCCAGCAUCUUUAAUAUCUACAGGCAGUGACAAGUUUAGGUUUUUCCCCCCCCCCGAGCUGGCAGCGCUGAAAAGGAGUGCACUAAUUAGCUAAAUGCUGACGUUUGGAAUUGACAAAGUCCAGCUGAGUUUGACAUUUUGUGGUUGCGAGAGAUGAAUUGGGUUUCCUUCCCCCCUAAUAGCUUCUGUCUUUUUGCAGCCAAAGCCACACUCUUGUUGUCAAGCAGCUGUGUUGGAGAAAGUGCGUGGGCCGCUCUGGGCAAGGGACAGCAGAGAGCAGCAGGUGGCUGCAGCUGGCAAGCUGCGGGGCCGACUAUUCUGUCAAGAUAUUCAGCAUUAACAGAGACAGUCUUUAA